UAUAAAAUGAGUCAAAAGGAAACUUAUUGAUCACAAAUAAAUGAAAACAGAAUCAGCAGAUUUUUUAAAUUAAACAUUCUGUAAAACGUGUUUUCUCGUAAUUUUGUCCUACACGAGGUGCCGUCUCCCGGGAACUGAGACGCAUCACGAUUGGCCCGAAACAUCCCGCCUCCUCUUCACUCUCACGUUUCCUAAUUGGUUGACAAACACGUGUUUCUGGUCAACACGGAAGUAGGAGACGAACAUACCGGAGUUGUUUUGAAAGCUGCGGCUCUGCGCGUCUCUCUCUCUCUUUCAAGUGAAACGUCCCCUAAACCAAACAACACAUCGUUUACGACUCAAACGAUCAUAAACGAACAAGUGGGUUUAAUGAUAAACGAGCCGCAGACUCGGCCCCGGAAGCAGGUUAGCUUCACGUUAGCCCGGAAACGCACUGCACCUGACUCCGCUGCCUGUCAGUCAUUCCAGUGACUGAUCAUCAUGGCGUCUCUUGGUGCUGUGUCCCUGCUGGGCUUCAAGCGGCUGUCUGUUUACCUGGAGGACUGCAUGAAGGCUCCGGCAGACCUGAGAUCAGCUGCACAGCAGGAACCAGAGGCUUCUUCAGACGACGUCUCCGUCCUCGUUCUGGAGGAUCUCUCCUUCAGCACAAAACCCUCUGGUAUGAACGCUCACAUCGUGCUUCAGGCCACAGAGCAGAGUUGCCCCAGCAUCGAGGGUGAGUUAGAAGAGGACAACGAGCAGCUGAAGGCCGACACCAAGAUAAACAAAAUAAGGUUGGAGUCUAAUCAGCAGCUACAGAGGAGCCGGUCAGAGAUUAACUUAUACAAAGAAGAGGCAGCGUGUGAAGACAGAGACUCAAACUCAGAGGGAACUAAUCCUGGAGAAAUCGACCGACUCCAGCUGAGUCACACAGCAGCUGCUGGGACGCCGUCAGUGUUUCAGGAAGACGGCGGCUCAGACUUACAGAACCAUAAACUGUCCAAGUCUCUGAAAUCCUCUGAGCUGAGCGAUGUAGAGGCUGGUCAGGAGGAAGCAGGCGGCUCAGAUCAGAGAAGUGUCUCCACAGCAAACAUCACCACACCAGAGCAACAGGACACUGGAGACGUGGACACUGGCUGUGGAGAAGAAACAGAGAAGAACCUGCAAGAAAGUGCGUCUGAAUCACGGUCGCACCGCUGCAAGGAUUGUGGGAAAUCCUUUUCAGGGAGACGCAACGUCCUCCGACACCAGCGGCAUCACUGCAGCGUGUUGGUCCGAAGGCCGAUUCCCUCAGAAGAGACGCAGCCGGAGAAGUUUCCUUGCAGCAGAUGCAGCCGGACGUUUCGGACUAAGCAACACUUGGGGCUCCACGAGAAGGCUCACAAAGAAAACCAGGAGGGGAAAGCUGCUCGGCGAGAACGAUGUCACAGCUGCUCACAGUGCAGCAAGAGCUUCUACCUGCUGCAAACCCUGCGGCAGCACCUGCUCACCCACAGCGGAGAGAAGUCCUUCAGCUGCACCAUCUGCGGGAAGCAGUUUGGGAGAGAAGGAACUCUGAGGGAGCACCAGCUGAUCCACACCCGGGAGAAAACGUUCACAUGUGAGCAGUGCGGCAAGACGUUCGCCAGAAGAGGAGAUCUCAGGAAACACAUGGUCAGUCACUCUGACGAGCGGCCGUUCAGCUGCAGCUUCUGCGCCAAGAGCUUCAAGCUGGUGUCCAAGCUGAAGCAGCACGAGCGUCUCCACACGGGGGAGAAGCCGUUCCAGUGCUCGCUGUGCUCCAAGAGAUUCAGGAUCCACGUGUCGCUGGCCGUGCACCACCUCACCCACACGGGAGAGAAGCCCUUCAAGUGCACCAUGUGUCCGAAGGCCUUCAGCGACCGGAACAACCUGAGGAAGCACCAGAUGAUUCACUCCGGAGAGAAGCCGUACAGCUGCUCACACUGCGGCAAGAGCUGCCGCCUGCUGCAGCACCUGCUCAUCCACCAGCGCAGCCACACGGGCGAGAAACCCUUCACCUGCGACCAGUGCGGGAAAGGAUACGCCCGUCUGUCCACUCUGAAGACACACCAGUCCGUCCACACUCACAAACCGCUGCGCUGCUCCCUGUGCGGCCAGGAAUUCAAGGGUCUGCCGGAGCUGACCGAUCACGAGUGCAAGGAGACGGCUGAGAAGCCACACCGCUGCUCGCAGUGCGGCAAGUGCUUCACCCAGGCCGUGAACCUGAAGAAGCACCAGCUGAUCCACUCUGGACAGAAACCACACGACUGCAAACAGUGCGGGAAGCAGUUCAACCACAGGAGCAACCUCACGAAGCACACGCGCAUCCACACGGGAGAGAGGCCGUUCAAGUGUGAGCUCUGUGGGCGGAGCUUCAGGCUCCAGCAGCAUCUCACCAACCACCGAGCAACUCACAACAAGAAGCCAACGCACAAACAGACCUUGUGACGGCCGCAGGUUGUGUUUGUUUAACACAUUCACACCGGAUUGAACAUGUGCUGCUGCCGCCGUCUGAUCAACUGUCUGCAGCUCAUCACAUCCAAACCUCAAUGAACGUUUCAGAUCUUUUCCCGUUAACUGAGUUGGUCAGUGAACAUCCAGCUCGAUGUCCUGAAGUGCAGAGGUCACAACGCCUUUUCUGUUAGAGCGCCCCCUCUCUGUGGAACAAUCCCCCUGAGAAUCAACUCUUUUAAAGACGCCUCCUCAUCGAUCGAAGUUGCUCAACUCUUGGAUGUGACCCCGGACGCUGGUGAGUCACUGGUUUUGUGGAAACUGAACCUUGAGGGUUUAAAUGAAGCGACGCGGACGCUGGAGAAUCAUUCAGCGACAGUAGCCGAG